GUGAGAAUUGGAUGGAUACAUAUUGGAUUAUAUAUUAUAUGAAUUUUUAGAAACCAGACGGUGCCGUGGCCGUGUAUUUAUGUGCAAACUAAAUUUAUAAUAAGCAUGUGAUACGCCAAAGUCAUUUCGUCGGUCGCAUUCGGACGAAAAUCACCAAUAUACCAUCAUGUUGUUCAGCGCGGCCCGAAGAUGUCUAAUUUCACGCCAGAGCAGCAGAGUUGUUGCCAAACUUUUUUCGUCUAGUCUGUGUCCUCUGAAGGGCCCGUCCGGGCUUUUGGCUGUUAGCAGGACUUGCAGCCCCAUUCGGUGCGACACAUGUCAUCAUCGACAACUCGCAGUCCUCGAGAAUUUUUCCUCCUGUUAUUUUACCACUUCUUGCCAAGUUAACGAAAGAAGAAAAAGUGAAGCCGGUCUUCGGUGUCUGCAGAGCAGAGCCAUCAGCAGUGCGCAGCUGGUCGACAGGGCUCCUGACGGAAUCCGGCCAUACCUGAGGCUCAUGAGGAUUGAUAGGCCCAUAGGGUCUUGGCUGCUGUUUUGGCCUUGUGGCUGGUCGAUAGCAAGCAGUGCUGCACCAGGUUGUCUGCCCGACUUGGGCUUGCUGGCCCUUUUUGGUGCUGGGGCUGUGAUAAUGAGAGCAUGACUGGCACAUAAUUCAACAUGGGUAAGAUAGGUUGAGGGACAAUUUUGGCGAGCUGAAGGUCCCUGUGGAGAAUUACUAUGGUGCUCAAACAGUAUGAUCUGUGAUGAAAUUUCCCAUUGACGGAGAAACGAAGUCGAAGGGAAUGCCUGUCCCUGUUGUCACCGCAAUGGGAAUGCUGAAAAAGUCCGCCACCCUUAUCAAAAAAGAGGACGGUUUGGACUUUGGACCCCAAAGUGGCCAACACCAUCAGCCAGGCGGCCGACGAAGUCAUCAGUGGCAAACUGUAAAAGAACCAUUUCCCCCUCGUCAUCUGGCAGACUGGAUCUGGAACCCAGACCAACAUGAACACCAAUGAAGUCAUCAGUAAUCGUGCCAUUGAAAUCAUGGGUGGAGAACUCGGAAGCAAAACUCGCGUCCACCCCAAUGACCACGUCAAUAAGAGCCAAAGCUCAAACGAUACUUUCGCAACUGCUAUGCACGUUGCUGUUGCUGUCAAAGUCCAGAUCUCUUGCCAGGACUCUUCAUGACUUGCUAGAUGCAACAGCAAAAGAAUUUAAGGAUAUCAUCAAAAUUGUCAGAACCCACACACACAGGUUGCAACUCCUUUGACAUUGGGUUAAGAAUUCAGCGGCUACUCCCAGAAAAUCUAGUUUUGCAUGAUGUGCGGCAUCAACAGAAUCAACGCCAGCCUCCCAUGGCUGUACCUCCUGGCUGCUGUCGGAACUGGUCUGAAUACAAGAUUAGGAUUUGCUGAGAAGGUUGUUGCUAAGCUGGCAGAGCUGACCGGGUCUGUGGAAACGCGCCCCGCCAGCAUUAUACUCAAAUUGGCGCCGAUUUGCCCUCUGGUGUCAGACCGGUCAGCCCUACGUGAAAGGAGUGUACAAAGCGGAGUUAAGGAUUGGCCGAGCUUUAAACUCAUCUACACAUCUACACAUCUACAUUGAUUUGAUAUCUAUACAUAGACGAAAGUCUUGUUGGACGAAAGAUUCAGAAAAACUCAACAUACACUGUCCGUGGAUCUGAAAAUUUAUACUUUUUCAUAUUGUCUUAGUAAUUUGUUUUAUUUAGCUUAAGGGUUUAGUCAAAAGUUAAAUGCAUUAAUUUGUAAUCCUUUCUGUACACGCUUAUUGUUUUGUUUUUAGUGUUUUUAUUUGUGAGAAUUGGAUACAUAUUGGAUUGGAUUAUAAUGAAUUUUUAGAAACCAGACGGUGCCGUGGCCGUGUAUUUAUGUGCAAACUAAAUUUUUAAUAAGCAUGUGAUACGCCAAAGUCAUUUCGUCGGUCGCAUUCGGACGAAAAUCACCAUCAUGUUGUUCAGCGCGGCCCGAAGAUGUCUAAUUUCACGCCAGAGCAGCAGAGUUGUUGCCAAACUUUUUUCGUCUAGUCUGUGUCCUCCGAAGGGCCCGUCCGGGCUUUUGGCUGUUAGCAGGACUUGCAGCCCCAUUCGGUGCGACACAUGUCAUCACCGACAACUCGCAGUCCUCGAGAAUUUUUCCUCCCAUUAUUUUACCACUUCUUGCCAAGUAAACAAGAGAAGAGAAAGUGAAGCCGGUCUUCGGUGUCUGCAGAGCAGAGCCAUCAGCAGUGCGCAGCUGGUUGACAGGGCUCCUGACGGAAUCCGGCCAUACCUGAGGCUCAUGAGGAUUGAUAGGCCCAUAGGGUCUUGGCUGCUGUUUUGGCCUUGUGGCUGGUCGAUAGCAAGCAGUGCUGCACCAGGUUGUCUGCCCGACUUGGGCAUGCUGGCCCUUUUUGGUGCUGGGGCUGUGAUUAUGAGAGGCGCAGGCUGCACCAUCAACGACAUGUGGGAUAAAGACAUAGAUGGAAAGGUGAGUCGAACAAAAGACCGGCCUCUGGUCAGUGGAGCGCUGUCCCAAGGAGAUGCCCUAGUUUUUUUGGCUGGACAGUUGGGCCUCGGCUUAGCGAUUUUACUUCAGCUUAAUUGGUACAGCAUUGUCCUUGGUGCUAGUUCAUUAGGUUUGGUUGUCGUAUAUCCUCUUAUGAAGAGAGUCACCCACUGGCCUCAGCUGGUGCUAGGAAUGACUUUUAAUUGGGGCUCCCUUUUGGGCUGGUCAGCAGUUCAGGGAUCUUGUGACUGGUCAGCUUGUUUACCUCUGUAUGUGGCUGGCGUUUGCUGGACCAUCAUUUACGACACAAUUUAUGCUCAUCAGGACAAGGCGGAAGAUCUUAUGCUAGGAAUCAAAUCAACAGCCAUUAGGUUUGGAGACAACACAAAAUUGUGGCUAACUGGCUUCGGAGCUGCUAUGGCUGCGAGCCUGGUUUUGUCAGGACUGAAUUGUGACCAAACUUGGCCGUACUACCUGUCUGUUGGAGUCAUAAGUGCACACAUUUCGCAACAGUUGUACACGCUGGACACUUCGAAAGCAAAUGACUGUGCCAAGAAGUUCAUCUCAAACCACUACGUUGGACUUCUGCUGUUCUUAGGAAUUGUGUGUGGAAAUUAUAUGAAGAAUAGAACCACCCCUAAAGUCACGGUAGAAGUUGAUACCAAAGAUAAAGUCAAAUUAUCUAUUCCAGUAGCCAUGUGAAUCGUUAGGAAUAAAACUUGUUUUUUAAAUGUCAA